AUGUCGGAUGUGCCAGAACCAGCAGUUUCUGCCGAACUUAAGGCUUGGCUAUUCAAUGCCAUUACUGAAUCUAUACCCAAAGCUCUAGCGGCUUUCCGCAAGCAAACAAUCCCAGCCCCUACGGCGACCAUUACCCAACUCUCAGACUCCGAGGAUUCUCAUGCUUCAGAGCUUGAAGAAGCCCCUCGCAAACGCCCUUGGAAGGGCGAUAGCGCCACCGCCGGUAAAGGCAAAGCGCCUGCUAAACAUCCUAAAGUGCCCUAUUCUAAACCAAAGCAAACCACCUCCUAA